AACGGACAAGGCCUUGUGCGUUUAUCAAAGAGCAGUGCAGUGGAUGAGUUGAAGUAUUCAGUGGAUUUCUGGUUGCAUUAUUGCACUCAUGUCAUAAAUACAUCUGAUGAUAUAGCAUUCAUCAGAGAACUCUUCGAAAGAGUUUUGGAGUACGUAGGAUACCUUGAAUAUGAGUCUACACUGCCCAAGGACUUUAGCCGUCUUGCAAUGAUUUACACCAGAAUAUUGGAGAAUCUUAUUCAUAGUCUUGAUAGAUAUUUCGACAGUUUUAAAGAAUUAGCUCAAGCAUUGCCUCUGUCGGAACUAAGGAGUGCUGUGGCAGUUGCUGGUACUACCAGCGGAAAAUCUCAAACUGAUCCAGAGGAGUUGAUAAAAUACAGAAGCCAAGUUACAAAAGCCAAAGAGUUUGAAUCUAAGAUCAUUGGUUUUGAAACAGCUAUAGGAAGAAGACCCAGUUUCAAUGUGCAGCCACUCAGUGUUGAAGAGCGGGAGAACUGGCACAACUAUCUUGAUUUCAUAGAGAGUGAUGGAGACUGGUCUAAGGUCUUCCAUCUCUAUGAAAGAUGCAUAGUUGCUUGUGAAAGUUACCCUGAAUAUUGGAUUCAAUAUGUAUUAUUAUCCAUGAAAGCAAGGGGAAGAAUGGAUAUUGCAAACCAAGCCCUUGCUCGAGCAAUUAAAAUAUAUCUCAAGAGACAACCAAAAAUGCAUCUUUUUGCAGCUGAGUUUAAAGAGCAUAAUGGGGAUAUCACUGGCGCAAGAGCCUCGUUUCAACUACUGUAUUCUGAAAUAUCCCCAGGACAUGUCGAAGCAGUAAUGAGACAUGCCAACAUGGAACAUCGCAAUGGAGAUUCGGAUGGUGCUUGCUCCGUGUAUGAUGAUGUGAUUGCUCUUGAAAGGAGCAAAAAAGACUCUAUAUUACUGCCGCUUCUGUAUUCUCAGUACUCAAGGUUUUCAUAUUUGGUGUUGAAUGAUGCUGAGAAAACUAGGAGUAUUGUAGUGGAAGCACUUGACCACGUGAAACCGUCAAUAGAGUUGAUCCAAGACGAGCUGUUGCAUUUGGAGUCUGUUCUGCCGCUUCCAAGAAAUAUUGAUCAGUUUAAGCCACUUAUCGAAAAAUUUAUUAAUCCAAAUGCAGCAGAGAUGCAUAUUGAUCAGUUUAAGCCACUCAUACAUAAUAUUGUUUAACAUAAUUGUUUAUAAAACCUAUCAACAGAGCAUUGAAACAAUGUUUGUCAACGAGAUUGAGACAUGGGCGCCUACUCUUCCUGUUAAGAGAGCCGUUGUUGAUUUUUCCUCUCCAAACAUUUUCAAGAAAAUGCAUGUUGGUCAUGUUAGAUCAACAAUCAUCGGUGACACCAUAGCUCGAAUGCUAGAGUAAUCAAAUGUUGAAGUUCACCGCAGAAACCAUGUUGGUGACUGGGGAACACAGGUACGCUCGCUCUUUGUCGUGGUUUCGUAAACGUUGGAAACAGAGUGCUGCUGUAUCCAAAAUCCAGAUUCAAAGAGACUAAGCACUAAAGCUUAUUCUGCGGUUUAGAAUGUUAAUUUUAAUAAAUCUUUGAGAAGUUCCCUGAUUCAGAUCGUGCGGGUAAUAUAUGCACUGGUGAUCUAAAGGAAUGGACACCAGUGGAGAUAGUCCAAGCAGCUGAGGCAGUUGGAUAUGGUGCGGUGAAGCAAGUAGUCAUCUCUAUUCUACUGCAUGCUGUGAUGACUAUUUUUUACCAAAACCAAAUUUGAUAUAUGUUUUCAUGCGUUACCACUAGCUUGCGGUUUCGUUUAAUUUCAUUUCAGAGUAUGGCAGUAUGCUGACCUGAAGAACAACAGAUCGACUCCUUCUACUUUCGGUUAUAACAAUAUGAGGACAAGGUGCUGAACUUACUAGCUAGUUUUUUUUUUGUGCAGUCACCUAGUCUGCUUAUUGAACAUUUUGAUCAUAUUGUCAUGAGCAGGGAGAGACAGCCGUUUACGCCAAUGCUCGGAUCUGUUCAAUCAUCAGAGAGUCUGUAAAAGAAAUUGAUGACUUGAAAAAGUAUAUUUUUAGCCCACAUGAACUCAAAUUGCUUAAUGUUUUCGUCUUCUGUUUCAAUAUAUACUUUACUGCAGACAGGAAAGCUAGCAUUGGAUCAUGCCCAUGGAAGAGCACUGGGGCUACAUCGCUUGCUGAUUUUUUUUUUGAGAUUAAAACAAAAUGCUUAUAUUAGAUAUUUAACUUCUUUUUUUCAUGGUAAUAUAAGAUGAACAAGUGCACAGCCCAUGUGUGAGUGUUAUGUAGACGGUUAAAGAAGCGUGCACCGAAUUGUUUCCUAACGUGUUGUGCAAGUAUCUUUACAAUUUAUCUGAACACUUCAACAAAUUCUACCUCAUGGUCCACAUCUAUCGGGUAAGCCUAUCACCAAGAGAGUCUACGUUUCUACGUAGCCUAAUAUUGCGACAGUAGACUGCAUCAUAGCUGCAAAAUUAACGAACCAUUUUUCUAAUCAUUCACUUGAAAUAUUCAUUUGUUGGUAUUCUCUUGUAGUCUGUUCGCAAAUGUUACCCGAUAUAUUUUCACUGUAAGCGAAUCGAUGUGGUAUUAAUAUGUUUUGGUUUACUCGAACCGGUUUGGGUAAAUGGCUACUAUCUGUCUGGUUCACGUGGGGGUGGGGGACCAGCCAAGCGGUGACGUUCUAUAGUGACAGUGGCAUGAGGAAGACCAUAAACGGAAAACACGGAAACGGGUGUGUUCUUAAGGGCGUAUGCGAAGUCGACGACCAGACUACAUGGCUCUGUUCUAAUUAGGAUCCAAUUGUAUCUUCCCACGUGUCCCUGUUGGUCCAGUACGGUCCACUCGACAUGUAGUUUUCAGGCGUGUCUAUUACCCAAGUUGACAUGAGAGAGGGUUCCAUGAAUAUUAAAUAAUAUACCUUCUUAUAAACUAAAUUAUGUAUUUUGAAAACAAACUGUAAACGAAAAAAAAAACUGUAAACGGAUAAGUUAUCCCUUUGCAUAAAUAGCUAACAUAAAAUAGUUUUUUUUUUUUUUUUUUUUUGGCUAAAGCUGUAAAUAUCAUAUAAAUGAAAGUAGUUUUUACAAGGAAAAACAAAUGUUUGAUCCAUCUUGACAAAAAAGAAGAAAAAACAAGUGGGAUCACCAACUUAAACCAAAAGAAAAGCAUGCUUUAUCUCAGCCAUAACUCUAUAAGAGAACUGAACCCCUUACGAUGUCUCUUGGCGGAGAUAAUGUUCUUCAUCUCUCUAUCUAUGCUAACAUAAAAUAGUUGAGGUUGUGCAUGUCUUACUAAGGUAAGUGGUGGAAAGCAACGUACGCGAAAGAUAAAAACUAUAUGAAAGCUAGAUGCGAUUGUUUCUGAAAAAACAAUCACACAAGUUAGGUGCGAUUGUUAAAAGAAAUUUAAUUACUCUUAUGGGUUAAUCAUUAUUGUAUUCAGUUGAUUGUUAAAUAGGGGUCCAUGUGUUAGCUCAAUCAUUUUCAUAAUCAAAGGGCCCUACUAUUUCCUGAUAUAUGCUCCGCUCGUGAACUAGCUGUGACUGAUUGACUCUAUACACUGUAACUCACGAACCUUUCGAUCUUGUUUUAUUUUGAAUGGUAUGAUUAACAAUAUUUUUUUUGCUUAAGGCUUUUGUUUUUGCUGAAGGAUAAUUAACAAUAUUACAUAUAUAUGUCAGUCUCAUGUUUGGGAAAAUUCAGACCACUUUCGUAGGCAAGUAAGAAAACGAAAUCAAUCAGACCUUGGUUUUUAGUUGAACGUCCAGAUCUGUCAUCUAUCAUCAUAAUCAGUCAUUACUAUCAUUCAAACUUGUUAACACAUGCAUGUUUUCAAAUGAUCUAGAAAAUAGUUAUUUAUGUGGUGUCAGAAUAUGAUUUUUAUUAUACUAUAAUCUAAGCCAUGCAUAGCUGACAUGGAGACAGGGACGUAUAAUCUUUUAUAGACCCAUAAUUUCUGGACAGUUGAGAAAGAUAAUUUAUACAUGCCUAUCAAAGUUUCUUUUUUUUUUUUUUUGAAAAAGGGUUCCUAUCAAAGUUUCAUCUAUACUAGUAUUUUAUUUUAGUGUCAGCCUUACUGUUUAGCUUCUAGUUUACUGAAUAUAGACGUGAGUAAGUUUUUGUUCUAUAUUACGAGAGGUUCAUAUUCAAUGUAAUUAAUUUUAAAAAGAAAUUCAAUGUGUGAUUGUGAAUAUGCUUACUAUGUAAGAAGAUUUUUUUUCAUUCAAUCUGGGGUUAUCUAGGCCGAGAUCAAACUAAUUUCCUGAAAAAUUAGUACUGACGACUAAUCCGGUCUUGAGUUUUUUAACGAAGCCUGAAGCAUGUUUCCAUUUUCAUCUCAUCAAGCAAAUAAUAACUUAGUUUCUGGCAGAACUCGAACCUAUAACCGACUUGAUUUAUAUCUUAUUUCCAAAUUCUUCUAUUCCCACAAGACUACUACUGCUUAGUUUAUGAAAGAAGGUUUAGUUUAGUAACAUAUGAUCUCGUGGUUGUGUGUUCUAUAUCAUCAAAAGAAAGAAGAAGAAAAACAAAAGAAAAAAAAAUUAGGUUAUACUCAAAUUUGAUUUACACAAAAAUUUAGUGGGUUUCUUGUCAAGUUUUGAUGUGUGGGGUGAGCUGGUGUUUCAUAUUGGGAAGAUGAUCGGACAAAUCACGUUAAGAAAAGCUAAAUAAUUCCGGAAUAAAACAAGAACAAGACAAAAAAGACGAAACAUUUUUAAAUUCUUAUAAAUUUCUUUUAAAUAUUUUAGACAACCAAUUAAUCUGUUCAUGAGACAUGCUCUUUGUGUGGUAAUUCGAAUUACUUUUUAAAUGCACUCUCUCUUUUGAGAUUAAUUGUUUUAGAUUUCAACACACAGAUUUAAAGAAUUUUUAGUUUUGUAUAUUAACUAAAUAAAAACAUUAUUACCAAUACAUUAACCACAUUUCAACUAACUAAAAAAUAAAUAAAUAUAUAAAAUCAAUAAAUUUUGUAUUAAAAUAUAAAAUGAUAUUUAUUUUGAAACAAAAUUUAUAUCUUAAACAGAGAGAGUAUGAUAUACUAUGGCUUACGAAAAUAAAUUAGGUAAAUCGUUUGGCAGUUUAUGCACAUGACGGCCACCAACGUGUCGUAAAAUUUCUAGCACCUCGUAUGAAAUAAUAUGUAAAUGAACAAGAGCACACUAUUAUCAGACUUUUUAUCAUCUAGACAUUUUCUGUUAAAAAAAAAAUCAUCUAGAAGUUUAUUAAUUAACACCAACCAUAAAAGAUUACAGAGCCAGAAAAAACAGAUAGAUAUAUUGAAAAAACGACGCUCCCUCUAACCUUGGAAGACAAAUCUCUGUAGCUCGCUUGUCUCCGGCGCCGGUGGUCCUUUUAGCCGGUGUCGGAAGACUCCCACUUUAUUUCUUCUCUUCUCAGCUCUGUCACUCUCUCUUUAUCUCCCUCGGCCUUGCCGUUCGUCAUUGGCUUGGUACGCUGCUGAAAGUUUCUUCCUCUACUCGUGUAGAUCUAGGAGUUUUGGCUUGGGUGUAGCCAGAUCUGGUUCAAUGGCGACGAGCGGGACUAGGGUCUGUCGAUGGGGUCGGUUUCGUGGAGGCCGGAAUCUAGGGUUUGCGCUGCAGCUCUCACCGGUUAUUUAGGCGGUACCGGGGUGGUGGAGAGGGAAGCGUUGUGGGUCGGCAUCAACCCUAUCUCAUCGCUUGCUUAGAUCUCUGGCGGGAGCCUCAGUUUUUCUGGAUCUAGGAUUCUGACUUGAGGGUGACAGCGUGUGGCGCUCCGGUGAGGUUUGUUCUCGCGGAUCCGUGGUGGUGGUGUGGCUUUGAGGUCGCUCUAUGGGUUCGAGUCUUAUGGGCUUGGUGUUCAAAUCUCGGUACUUGGUUCCUUGGUGGCGCGUGGAACCGAGUUGGUUUUGUCUUUCGGAGAUCCUGCGGCUUGUUAUAAGCUGUGGGCAUGGGUGCGAAGCUUGCUCGCUCGGAGUUGUUAACCGGGUUGGGUUUUCUUUUGUGGAAGCUUGUGUCGGGUACAACGCGGCAUCCGCUUGAUUGUUGGGCUCGUUCUUCUUAGGUCUUUCUCGGAGCGGUGGCAGCUCUCUUGUCAUCAUUUCCCAUAAUAAAUGGUGAACUUUCGGUGUGCUUGGUGGUGAGUCUCAGUGGUGUGCGCCUUCCUGAUCAGGAGGUUUAUUCCGAGUUAGCUCUUCCGCUUAGGCGCUAUGCCGAUGGCUCCUGAACCUGUCAGUAGUUUGUUUCUUGGAGAGAACUAGUGAGUUUGUGGACGAUGUAUGAGCUUCACUAGGGCUUUCUAGCUUUCUUGUUAGCUUGGUGGAACUUCACCGGAGGUUGUGUUCUCGCUCAGUCUGGCGGCUCUAUAUGAGCUUUUGGUUAAAAGGGUGUACACGAUCCUGGGGUGGUUGGUUGGAGGCAGCAAUCUUCAAUUGUCCUUUCCAAACGACGACAUCGCUGGUUCAGUGCCUUCCUCGUGCUGCUGGUGCGAUUCUUCUUGGGUUAGUAAGCGGGUUGGAGAUUGUGAUUCUUUGUGCAGGUUGUGGCUUUUGGGUCUUCGGAAGCUGUAAGAGCCGUGUGUUUCAAAGUUUGAGGGCGCCUUUCUCUACGGUAGCUCGCGGCAACUGAUACUCACUUCGUUCAUGCCUGUUUCCUCUGGUCCGUCAUUGUUCCGAUGAUGUCUUGUGCAAAGUCUCAGUCUUUGUUUCUUUCCUGUUGAUCUUUCUCGCUGUUUGGUUCUUUUGUUUAGAUUAAAUUCUGCAAGUCUAUUUCUCGUGUAUCUUUGUAUUUUUGUAAAAAAUUGAAAAACUGGUAAUAAUAUUUAACAUUUUACCAAAAAAAAAAAAAAAAAACAGAUAGAUAUAUCCCUAGAAACAUACUUGGUAGAAAACAAGAUUUCUCCAAAACCAGAGCCCUCGACUAGGGAAGCAAACGAAGCACAUUACAACAUUCAAACCGACAGUACUAUUAUCAGAUUAAUAUGAUACUAGCUAGUAUUUAUUACUGCCAAUUUGUUAGCCUUUUUCACUAUAGAGGUAUUAUAUAUUAAUUCUAGAUGGAUGGAUGUCACCAAAUUUAGUGACAAUAUAUGACGAAUUAAAAAAAAUUGUUUCCACAUUAUGUUAGAUUCAUAACUUCAACGUAACUUAUAUGGUGCAAGUUAUCAAAAUCAUAACUUUGUAUUUGUGGUUUACAUGUUAUGCAUCUCACCUGACCUAAUUUACUAUAGACCCAUAUAUAAUUUUAUGUACACCUAUAUAUAAUUAGCGUAUAAGAAAACGUGUGUUUAUUUUGACCCAAAAAAGUGUGUUUAUAUGCCAAAAACUCAUAAAAUAUAUCAACAAUUUAAACUAAUUCCAAAUUCUAUAAGGUUUUUUAUGGUUUACAGUUACAUAAUGUACUCGAAAGUGGAUCAAGGAGCUGGAACUACAUAGGCAAUAUAAUUAGAUUUUCAGGUAAAGAAACACGGAGUGUGUUGACGAACAAGUCAACUAUUUAUAUUUUAUACAGCUAAUUAGAUAUUAUGUUUUUGGUCUUCAUUAUUCAUCACCUUAUCAUGUCAUUUCAAAUUAUUAUCACUACUUUAUUUAUUUGUAUAUAUCGCAUGACUUCUAUUGGCUAGACGGCCUUUUAAUUAGAAUGUUGAAAACAAUCCACUACUCUUCGUUUUCCGAAUUAUUAGUGUUUCUUUUCAACUUUUCAUCAUAUAUACACGCCGUAUAAAUAUUAAAACCCACAGAUGUGUACAUUUUUUCAGUAAUAUUGUAUUUGUGAUAUUCUAGAUUAAAAGCCAUAUAUGUGUAUAAUUUUCAAGUAAUUGUGUAUAUGGAUCAUUUUUGUUUGAACACCAGUGUAUAUGGAUCAUAAAGCAAGAAUUAGGGCAUGCUGCACUGACAAUGAUUAAUCCAUUUAAAUUCUUUUCAGCAAUCCAUCUACUGAUCAAUGUGAACGCUCUCAUUGCUUUUUUUAUUUUGACAUGAAAAGCAUCAAAUCGAAAUAAAAAAGGAAAGAUGCAAUAUAAAGGUUACCUUUUAUCCCAAAACCUCUAAAUAUUAAUCAAUGUCUCAAUCAUAUAGCUUAACUCAGUAAAUGACAGUGUAAACUGUAAAGCUGUAAAAGUAAUUAAACUCAACUAAAAAUUAUUCACGUUUAAAUAAAUAGAGGAUAUACUCAUAUCAUAUACAGUUCACUAAAAUUUUGGUCGGCAAUUAUUAUAAUGGACCACAAAUAAGUAUUUGUGUCACAAAACGUUUUCUGUGUGUGACAUAAACUAGUAAUUCUGAUUCAUGACGAGUAAGAAAAAUAGUGAAAUUUGUUAUUCCAAAGCAAAAUAAUGGAGUAAAUGAAUUCAAAUAUGUCUACUGCUUCUUGGCUCUCGAGAGGCUAAAAACUACUAGUAUAAAAAUAAAAUUGCAAAGCUUUUCACAGAGCUUGUGAGAAAGUUAUAUAAUUUGCUACAUUUACCAAGAUUAAAAGAAAAGAUAAACUUUCAAUGAUUAAGAUUUUGCGAAAAAAACAAAAUUGAAAAAAUACGGAAAACAAAUUUGCAGGUAAUGAUAAAGAAAGGACAGAUUGCUCUUCGCUUGUAAGGGGAAAAUAAUACAAAAAGCAGAAAAUGCCAUAUUUUUCUUAGCGGUAGGGUUCUCUUUUAUUUUUCUCUAUUUUAUUUUAUAUUUUGAUUUUUUGGGGUUUCAAAUACACGGAGAGAAAGAUAAAAAAGUUUAUCUUGUCCACAAUCUCUCUUUCUACUUCUAGACGAAGUCUCGUUGGUUUCAAACAUGAAGCAGAAAAGUGGAUAGAGGUUGUCUCUUGGGUUGAAGCCAAAGAAGGAAGUUUAUAUAUAUUACACAAACUAAAAUGAAAGAAAGAAGUUAGGAUUAUAUAUAGAGACUCUUUUCUUGUAUGUAUCUGUUUAAUCUUCUCUUUUGUCUUCGUUUUUUUAUCAGUAUAUAAAUAGAUCUGAAGAAGGUUGUCUGU